UAAUCCUUCUCUUGUAUUUGCCCCUUUCGUUUCAGAGAAUGCUGUGUAUACGUUUGGCCUGGGACAAUUUGGUCAGCUGGGUCUUGGCACUUUUCUUUUUGAAACUUCAGAACCCAAAGUCAUUGAGAAUAUUAGGGAUCAUACAGUAAGUUAUAUUUCUUGUGGAGAAAAUCACACAGCUUUGAUAACAGAUAUCGGCCUUAUGUAUACUUUUGGAGAUGGUCGCCACGGAAAAUUAGGACUUGGACUGGAGAAUUUUACCAAUCACUUCAUUCCUACUUUGUGCUCUAAUUUUUUGAGAUUUAUAGUUAAAUUGGUUGCUUGUGGUGGAUGUCACAUGGUAGUUUUUGCUGCUCCUCAUCGUGGUGUGGCGAAAGAAAUUGAAUUCAAUGAAAUAAGUGAUACUUGCUUAUCUGUGGCGACUUUUCUGCCGCAUGGCAGUUUAACCUCAGGAAAUGUACUGCAGAGAACUCUAUCAGCACGUAUGCGGCGAAGAGAGAGGGUACAAUGGUGGCCUAUUCUGUAUAAUAGUAUUAUCUAGCACUGCAAAGAAAACUAGAAGAAAAAAAUCUGUCUUCUUUUUAAAUCAAAGGGUCUUCUCAGAUAAAUUUGCUAAAUAAAAUUAUUAGAGUUCAGUGCUUACAAACUUUUAGAGUUAAUUCAGAAAAAUUCAGAAAAGCUUAAUGCUUUUU